AUGCAAUUCUGCGCGCAACCACAAGUAGCGCAAGCGGAAGCCGAAGCUGACUGGGGGCCCGCGCAUGCGCGAGUUGCGCAGGAGGAGGCGGAAGACGAGGGAUUUGAGUGGCUGUUGCGGGAGCUAGGGGGAGACAGCUCCGCGGAGGGCGAUGAGGGGGAGGCGGAGGGUGGCGCGGAGGGAUGGGAGGAAAUCCCUCUGGAAGGUUCCGGGUUCGCGGAGCUGCUGACGUGGCUGCGCGCCAAUGGGGCGGGCGGAGAAGUGAUGGAUGGGGAGAGCGUUCGAUUGAGAGUGUUUCGAACGGAACAGCCAGAUGGCACUGGCUUGGACUGGCAGGGCGGGCAAGCGCUGCUGGCGGGAGGAGAGGGCGAUGCCAGGGGGAAGAAGGGGGAGGGGGAGAAGGUGAAAGAGGAGGAGAAAGAGGAGGGGAAAAGGGACAACGGGGCGGUGCAGGAGAAGGAAGAUGGGAAGGAGAAGGAGAGGAAGUACAGGCAAGUGGCAAGGCGGGCCAUGAAAGAGAGGCAGCAGUACGAGCACGAGUAUGCCAACUGGACCGCCAGCAUUACCACCACCAUCAGCAGCAGCGGCGCUACUAGCAGCGACAGCCGCGCCAUGUCGCUGCCGUCGCUGCAGCAGUUGCUGGCGACGGUGGCAGCCGUGAGGACGCUGGCUCUUCCCAUGCGCCUGCCGCCCCUGCAGGAGGGGCAGCGGGAGGCGGAGGAGCAGGCGGCGGAGCAGGGGGGCAGGGGGAGGAAGGGCGGGAAGAAGGGCGGAAGGAGGGGAGGGAAGGGGCGGAAGAAGCAGAAGCAGCGGCGGUUUGAGCUGACGGUGGUGCCUCUUAUGAAUGCUGUUGCGCGCUCCAAUGAGAGGCACCACGGCAACGUGCGGUGGCAGCUCACCCACUCGGGGUUCCACCUGUGGGCGUCAGCCGCGAUCGCGGCUGAAGAUGCUCUCCUGUUGCCUCUCAACAGUGGCCUGCCCGACCCGCUGCAGCACGACUCACUACAGCGCAACUCGCUGGGGAAAGAAGCAGGGUGGGAGACUGCGGAAGGGGAGGAAGGGGAGGGGCGGGCGCACUUGUCUUCUCUGGGGGAGGUGGAGGAGGGGGACAGCGGUGUGCCACUGACAUCGCUGGAAGGGCUGAGGGAAGCAGACAGCCAUGUGUCGUCGACCACGCUGCUGUCUAAUGAUGAUGCCUUCCUCUCCCUCGGGAUCAUCUCCGCCUGCUCCGCCUUUGACCGCGUGCAGAUCUUCCCCACCCUCUUCAGCGUCACUCGCAGCAUCUCAACGGCCGCCUUCUCGGAACCUUCCUUUCGAGCACUGUUUGAAGCGCGGGCGGCAGCGGCAGGCAGGAAGGCAGUGGAGCAAGUGCGGGCAGUGAAAGACCAUCUCUUCUCCACCGCCCUGAAAAAAGGCCUUAUCACCCGCACGGGUGCAGACACCCGUUGGGGUGGUCCCGACCCGUUGCAUCAAAAGGAAAAGGUCCCCCAAGGGCUUUCUCAGAAGGGCUCGGGGAGAGGUUUGGGAGACGGUGGUGGUGAGAAAGGGACCGGGGAAUACCGCAGUGCAAAGAGGCUGCACGCUGGAAAGUACAGCAGCGCAGAGAGGUCGGAAGCUGGGGAACACAUGGCAGAUAGUUCUGGAGAUGGAGAGUGGGAUUUGGAGGGGAUGGGGCGGGUGCUGCAGCAAAUGCUGUUCUGGGAGAGGCGGCGAGGCAUGCGCGUGCGAUUGGCUGAGAGGCUGGCGAAGAUGAAGGAGAGAGCAUCGGCGGAGAGUGAGAGGAGAGAGGGGGGCGAAGAUGAAGAAGGGGGAGAGGGGGGUGAGAGAGGUGGCGGGAGAGGCAGUGGGGAGGAGCAUGGGGAGAGGGGAAAGGAGGGGAAGGAGGGCGAGGAGGGCGAGGAGGUCGAGGAGGGAGGGGAGGGAGAGGAGGGAGAGGAGGGAGAGGGGGAGGGGCUGUAUGUGUACGCGGAUGGGAGGAUGGACCCUGAGCUUGUCGCUCAGUUCAGUGCCACUGCUCUGCUGGCUGUUACUGGGGAAGGUACUGCUGGGGAAGGUAGCACUGGAGAAGACGUGGUUUUCAGCAGCUUGCAGCGGCCAGUGGGGGAGCUUUUAACGAGGAUAGAGACGGCAUUGCAAGGGGCAAAGGCGCGGGUGGAGACAGGGAUGGUCUGCCGGGAAGGCAGAGCAGCGGGGAUCAACUCGGUUCAGGUGGAUGAGGCUUGCCGGCCGUCAGUGCUUGCCCACGUGGCGCCCUCCCAUUCGCUGCUGCGGUUCCUCGACAGCAAGCGAAGCAUCCUACUGGCUGCCUCCGAUCGCCUCGCCUCUGCCUGCAAGCCCCAAUCAGUAACCGCCACAUCAGCAGCAGCAGCAGAACGAGAUGCAGCAGCUGUUUCAUCCCAAAAGGGAGAAGAGCAGGAGGACAGAGGGAGGGAAGAGACAGAGGGGGGAAAAGAGACAGAGGGGGGAAAAGAGACAGAGGGGGGAAAAGAGACAGAGGGGGGAAAAGAGACAGAGGGGGGAAAAGAGAGAGAGGAGGGAGAGGAGGGAGAGGAGGGAGAGGAGGGAGAGGAGGGAGAGGAGGGAGAGGAGGGAGAGGAGGGAGAGGAGGGAGAGAGCAGGAGGAUGGGGUUUGGGAGGGGAGGCAGUGAGUUGACGGGGAGGGCAGGGGUGUGGAGUGCGGUGGCGGGAGAGAGGAUGGGCGAGAUGGGGGAGGAGGAGCGUGUGACGGUGUUUGUGGAGUGGGUGCGGGCGAAUGGCAUGGCGGACUAUAACAAGCCCGGCUCGGGGAUUGAGAUAGUUUUCUGGAACGAGACUGAGGGCAAUGAAGGGCGCGAAAGCAGGCGCCAGCUGUCGGUGCGAGCAGGGAGGGAUCAUGAAGAGGACUCAGUGCUGCUCUCCAUCCCCACCUCCCUCUGGGUCACCACCACCGCCAUGCUGCAAGCCAUAGGGGGACCGCCGUACCCCGGCCCUGUGUGGUCCUUCACUAUCGCCGCAGCGUGGCUGCUAAGGGAGAUGCUUAAAACGAGGACGGAGUCCUUCUGGUGGCCGUACCUGCAGCUGUUGCCGCGUCACGUCCCCCUGCCCUACUUCUUUGAGGAGGAGACGCUGGAGGAGCUUCAGACCCCUUCAAUCGUCAAAACAGCGCGCAGCAAUCUAGCGAGCUACGAGUUUGAGUACCGUCGCUGCGGCCCCACAGUGCUGGACAACGCGUCCCUCUUAUCCCACCCCCUCCCCUCUCAAUCAACCACCUGCCAGGUGCGCAGCAAUCUGGCGAGCUACGAGUUUGAGUACCGGCGCUGCGGCCCCACAGUGCUGGCGAAUGCCUCCCUGCACGAGUUCGUGUGGGCGCUCUCUGUCCUGCACUCACGCGCCUUUGAUGACCCUAGCAAUCUGGCGAGCUACGAGUUUGAGUACCGGCGCUGCGGUCCCACAGUGCUGGCGAAUGCCUCCCUGCACGAGUUCAUGUGGGCGCUCUCUGUCGUUCAGUCGCGCGGCUUUGACGACCCACGCUGGUGGGGGAAUGUGGUUCUGUACGAACCCACAGGCCCUGCUGCGGUGGAUGAACCUGUAGAAGCAUGGAGGGGAGGCUCAGGGGAAGGGUCGGGUGGAGGAGGUUCGGAGGGAGGUUCAGGGGGAAGUUCGGGGGGAGGUUCGAGGGCGUCGGGGCAAGUGGAGGUGUGGCUGAAGAAGAGUGCAGUGCUGCUGGUGCCGCCUGCCGAGUUCUUUGACCACAGCAACGACGUCCAAACUGCCUACUCGAUUGGCGCCAACGGAGAUACGUUUGAGUUUGUGGCAACAGGGGGGGUGAGGAAGGGCGAGGAGGUGAGCACGAGCUACGGGCAGCGGGGCAACGAGGACCUUCUGGAAGCAUACGGCUUCGUGCUUCCCGGAAAUAUGUUUGACAAUGCUCCGCUUCUGCCGUCGCUCUCCCACGCUGUUCACCUCGCUGCCGCUCUCGUCCACCACGGAAUGAAGCAGCAGCGAGGGGCCGAGCUGGCAGCGCAGCAGGAGGGACAGAGGGGUUCGGAGGGAGGAGCGGGAGGAGGUGGAGAGGGUGCCAUAACAACUGCUUGUGCGGCGAGAGAGGAUGGGAGCAAAGGCCACUGUAUGGCUGCUGCUGCUGCUGCUGCUGCUGGAGAGCAGAAGAUGAAAGCUGUAUGCAAUGCUGCUGCUGCUGCUGCUGCUGCUGCUGCUGCUGCCUGUCCUGCUGCGGCGUCUGCUUGUUCUAGUGAUCUGAAGCACACAUGCAGUGCUGCUGAUGCUGCUACAGCCGCCACUUCUGAGGCUACAGCAAAGGAUGCAGCCGAGGCUGUAGGUCAUACUACAGCUGGCAGUGGUGCCAGCCCUUCCCGCCGUGUUCAACCAGCACCCUCUUCAAUCCCUUGGCGACAAGGCCUCAAGCAGAAGCUGCUGCGUGUGUGGGCGAGUGCUGCUGCUGCUGGUGUCAAGACCUCAACGAUUCCACUGCAUCGGCUGAAGCGGCAGCUGUGGCGAGUGGCAGCGAGGGCAGUGGAGGCGGUGGUGAGGGAGCGAGAGGAGGAAGGGGGGAAGUUCUACGGCGUGGCGGAGCAGGGAGGCACGCCGUAUGAGGUGAUGCAGCGGAUCAGGAGAGGGAGCAAGGUGGAAGAGAUACUGGGGGGUGUGGAGGAGAGGACAGCGGCGGACAAAGAGGGGAGUGUGGGUGUGUCUGUGUGGGCGAGAGGGCUCGUGGAACCGAAUCUGGUGGCAGCGCUUGCUGCUGUGUUCUACUACCUGCAGCAUAAAAGAGGUGGGUCAGUGGGAGUGUGGGCGUGUCGGUGUGAGUGA